UUUGGGGGGCACAUGCCGAACCUCGCGCGUGUCAUCCCCGAUCGAUACGGCAACGAAAUUGUUAAAUUUCCGCGUGAAUUCCGACACACAUUUACUCUCAUUGAAUCAUGGGCUCCGAGAAGAAGCGAAAGAGGCGCGAGUCUGAAGGAGUAGUUGAGGAGACCCCUGACCGUCCUGACAAGGCGGAGCGAAAGCGUUUGAAGAAGUUGGCACGUCUGGCAACCAAGGAUGACAAGGCCAAUGGCUCAGCUCACAAAACCAAAGAGCCGGAAGCCGAGGACGUACCUGAAGUUCCUGCCCUUGUCUCCCCCAUCGCUACGCCCAUGGCAGGACGUAAACUCACAAAGAAGCUGUUCAAGUUGAUCGGUCAUGCUGCGAAGGAGAAGGCGAUUUGCAGAGGCAUCAAAGAGGUAGUUCUUGCCAUUCGAAAAAGCCAAAAGGGUGUAGUCAUAAUGGCAGGUGAUGUGUUCCCGAUAGAGGUGAUCGCUCAUCUGCCGGUGGUCUGCGAGGAAGCGAACAUUCCCUACUGCUUUGUCUCCAGAAAAACGGAACUAGGGGCGGCGGGGCUUACAAAACGACCAACGAGCGUUGUGAUGGUUUCGGAAAAGAAAUCAGGAGGUGAUGUAAAACAAGAGUUGCUGGAGAUUAAGGGAGAAGUAGCUGCUAUUCAAAACUUGUUUUAAGUCAUGGGAUGUGUCACUCGUUUUGUGGAUGGCAGAGUAAAUAUCAUUCGAUAUUCGUCUGAAAGAAAAUGACUUCACAAUAGCCUCGUGGGACACCAUGCUCGCAAGUCAAGAUGGCUAUAGCGCCUGCAUACAUGCUACCAAAGCCAGGCAUUAUUUGGAAAAUCUGCACAACCUAAUGAAGCCGCGAUGAUUGCCCCGCUGCCGACGAAGUCCUGUCUGCGUUGCUGGUGGCCUUCAUCCACAGUCACAAACAAUCGACCAGGCACGGUUGGACAGUGCCGACACUUUACUGGACUGAUAUGUGCCUGAGUUUG